GGUGAAAGCAGACGGGACGUACCUUUUGUGAUAAUGACUUCAGAUGACACUCAUGCACGCACAUUACAACUUUUAGAAUCAAAUUCUUAUUUUGGGAUGAAACCUACACAAGUAAAACUUCUUAAACAGGAAAAAGUUGCUUGUUUGGCUGAUAAUGAUGCUAGGCUUGCUGUAGAUCCGAAAAAUAAAUACAGAAUACAGACAAAACCUCAUGGUCAUGGUGAUGUUCAUUCACUUCUCUAUUCAAGUGGUCUUCUUAAAGAAUGGAAAGAUGCUGGUUUGAGAUGGGUGCUGUUUUUCCAAGAUACAAAUGGACUUCUAUUCAAGGCAAUUCCUGCAGCUUUAGGAGUUAGCGCCACUAAAGAGUAUCAUGUUAAUUCUCUUUCGGUUCCUCGCAAAGCUAAAGAAGCUAUUGGAGGCAUUACAAGACUCACUCAUGCAGAUGGUACAUUUUGUUAUCUCAGUUCAUAUUAA